GGGCCCCGGUGCAUGCUGGGAGUUGUAGUCUGCGUGCCGGCUCAGACGUGGCCAUUCGCUGCUGUGUGUAAGCGGGAGGGCUGGUCUGCUUUCAGGGACAGAGGGCGCAGGCUGGAGCAGAGGAAGCUCCAUACCAUGAAACGCCACCUUGCAUCUUCUGGUAAAAGGGGAGAGGCUGCUGAUGGGGGAACAGCAAAAAGACCCACUAAGUCACACAACCUGCAAGGACCUAUCAGCCAGAAAAGGGGAACAGGGGGCAAAGGAAAUAAACAUCAUCAGAAAAAAAAGCAUGUCACUCAGGCAGUCGGAAGGAAAGAUGAGGAACAUGAGGAUUCUUCUUCCUCUGCAGGAGAAAAAGGUCAUUCAAAAAAGGUGAAGCUAUCCAGUGCUAAGCUAGGAUCGUGGCAACCGCUCUCAGAGAGCAGCAGGAAGUUUCUGGAAGGUGUGAUGGACUCAGGAAUACUAUCUAUUUUGUGCCAACAAAGUAAGGGAAAAGAAGAUGUUCAGAAACACCUCAAUUUGCUGAAAGAAAGGGUGCUGAGAGUCUUCAAGACCUUAAAGGUACCCUCAGGGAAGCUGAGCAACCUGAGCAAUGUCCUGAGGUUUCAAGUGGCACAGAAACAAAUGCUUGAGAUGAAUGAAACAGCUUUGGUACAAUUGCAGGAAGAAAUAAAUGAAGCUGAGAAAUCAGCAGAACACACAGAAGAAACUAUACUGAGACUGCAGCACAACAUCCAGGUGCUCAAGGGCCAGUUGGAGGAAGAGGAAAAAAAGGCCAGGAAGCUGUUCCGGGAAGGUGACAAUAAAGAACUUCACCUUCCAGAACUCCCCAAAUGCAGUUUACAGGCAUCCACUUUGCAGGAAGAGAUUUUGAUGGUAGAAAAUCAGAAGGGUCUUUUAGAGGAUAUGAACACCAUUCAGCAGUCAGCUGACAUGAGGAAUAUGUUGACCUUCAUUGAAAAGAUCUACGAGAAGGUGGACUUUGUUUGAGAAACUUAAACAUUUGGAGUCUUCUCUGAAACAAGAUUUAUGCCAGUGCACUCUGUGGUACAGUGGGACACCGUACUGGGUCACGGAAAUGGCACUUCUGUUCUUAAUGGCUUUACUGUUGUGCUGCUGAAUAUAAUCCAAGCUGUAAGUUUGUAUCUGCGUUUUAUUUUCUUUGACGUAUUAUGGCUUCUUUUGAUGUUGAAAUCUGUUGUCCCAUGUGAAGGGAGGGAGGAAGGUGGCAACUAACACUUAUUUUGGGAUUAAGUCCAUCUUUAAACCUGAAAUGUAGUACAAAUAUGUUUAUCUCAUACUCGGUUACAAGUCUCCUUAUCCACUUUUUAUUUAAAAAUAACCUAAAAUCGUCUCCAUGGCAGGAGAUUAAAAUUCCUGUUGAAUUGGUAGAAAUUAUUCAUUUAUAUUUACAUUUUCAUAUUCAGUGCUUCUAAAAACACACUUCUAUGUCAUUUAUGCUCAUGAUUUGAGAAAUUUUUUAAGUUGCAAGUUGUGCUCACCUCAUUUCAUUCAUUCCAGUUAUUUUCCAGCUUUAUAGAAAGAAAAUGAAGUCAAACAUCCAUUUUCACGUGUCCUUUCAUCUCCUGUAUUUUUUUUCCAGGGUAGAGUUUCUAUCAUAAGUGGUUGAGUUAUUAAAUAGUGCUUUCUCUAGCCAAACUGUCAGCUGGAACACAGUGCUCUUUACAUUGACUUACCACACAGAUGCUUGUUCUGUUGGUUACUAGCUACUGAAACUCUUAAUAAAACGUGAGACAACCA